AGGGAAGAGAAUAAAAACAGUAAUUAAGAAGAAAAGAUAAUAACGUAAAGAAGAAGAUUUAGAAGAAAAAAGAUUAAAGAAGAAAUUUGAAAAAAAAAUUUAAAGAAUCAUUUGAAAGAAGAAAAUAAAAAAAUUAAAUAUUAAAAAAGAAACAAAUUAAAAACAACAAAAAGGUAAUUAGAGUGAAAAAGUAAAAGAAAAAAGAGAGAAAAGAAAUUAAAAAAAGCAAAAAUUAUCGCUGAAAAGAAAAUCGAGGUCAAAGAGUAAAAAGUGUAAAUAAAAAUAAAAAAAAAAAAAAAAAAAAUGGGUAAUAAGUUGUCCUGCAGCUGUGCUCCCUUGAUUAGAAAAGCAUAUCGUUAUGAGGAUUCCCCAUGGCAAACGGGAACGAGACCUGGAAUGACCGGAAAUGCAGCACGAAGAGGUGACACUGGCCAUUUGCUCAGGUGCGGAAGCUUAAGAGAGAGGAAGAGACUUUGGGCCGAAGUAUUUCAUGUGAGCGCGAGUAGUGGUUCAGUAAAAUGGCAGCAAAUAUCCGAGGAUUUGGUUCCGGUGAAUAUUGUUUGCAUUCAGGAUUCGCCAGAAUGCAUUUUUCAUAUUACAGCUUACAAUAGUCAAGUGGACAAAAUUCUCGACGUUCGACUCGUUCAACCAGGAACAAGAAUCGGCCUAGCAUCGGAAUGCUUUGUUUAUUGGAAAGACACAAUGACUAAUGACACGUGGGGAUUGAAUUUUACUUCUCCAAUUGAUGCGAAACAAUUUCGCGAAUGUUGCUCACCUUCCUUUAAGAUUGCACGUAAGGCCUCGUCUUCCUACUCCCUCAAGUUGGAGCCACCAAAUAAACAAAAAAACAAAACACGAAGAAAGCCUCUUUCGACUCCUGCCUCGCCAAAUAGAUCGAAAGAGCCAAUUUGCACUUGUAUGACACCCGAGCAACUCGCAAGACUUCGAAGUCAGGAUCCACGAUAUCGAACCCCUUGUGUAGGUGCAUCAACAUUGCCAAGAACAAUGGCACGUUCGACUGAAAUGGAAAUGACACCAGGACGUGAUAAAAUAACGGCGGCUACGUCCAGCGCGUCUCUCUACGACAAUGUCAAUAACGCAAAUCAACCUCUAGGGAAAACAAUGAAAAGCGGCGAUUCCAUUAAAAAACAAGACAAACAACAGCAAAACGAAACAUGUCAAACGGCACCAAAAACCGCGACCGUUGGCAUUGGAACCGCGACAGUUGGCUCGCAGAUCGACAGUCCUGAGGAUAAAGGAUCGUCGAUAUCACCAAAAAAAGGUACAAAACAAAAUCAAGAUACAUCAACACAUCAAAAUGGAAUGGAAACAUUAAAAUCAGAGGGCGUACAAGCUGGUGGUACAUUACAAAAUAAAACAUUUCGUCGUGAACAAUUACAUCAUACAAAAUCGGCAGAUUAUACUGAACUUGAAAUGCAAAAUGGUAAUAUAUUUAAUAUUGUCAAUAAUAAUCAUACAAGAAAAUCAAAGAGUAAAAGUACUGAUGACAUGAGAAUUGAAAAUGCUGCACAAAAUGGAAUGAGUCUUGAUUCAAAUACAUUAAAAAGAAUGUUAAAACCAAUGUCAAGUGUUGAUAGUCCAGUGACAUCGCCUGAAAUGUCACGUAAACGACAUCACGUACAUCCUGGUUAUCAUUAUCAUCCAAGCAAUAAUAAUCAGAAAUAUAUGAUGUCUGAGGGUGAAAAUGAAAAUUAUUACUAUAGAACGCCGUAUAAUAAUAAAUUUCAGGGAUCAAGAAGCGUUCACGAUAUGGCAAGGCAGUACAGCAAAAAUAAUGGAAGAAGCCGGAUGUACUUAGAUUUGGAACCUAAUCGGUGCACAGGUGACGUGUCUCCACCAUCGGACAAUGUUAUAUUUGACAAUCAAUGUUAUGCAACAACGCCAAGUUCAUCGAAUGGCAAUUCAGAUAUGGAACAAACGAAUCAUUGUAAUUCACGUAAAUGUAAUAAUGGCCAAUAUCAUCAACAAAAUAUACAAUCGGUAUCAACGCCGGGUAGUCCAGCAACGAAUCGACUUCUACUUGAAUAUGAGAUGCAUUUGAGAAAUACACUUGCCAAAGGAAUGGACGCUGAGAGUAUUAGUCUUCAUACAUUUGAGGCUUUAUUGUCGCAAAGUAUGGAAAAUCUCGAAUUUGCAGAAAAUAUUCCGCUGAAUGUGCAACGCACACCACAUGUUACCAGACGACGACCAAAUUCAAAUAAAUCGUCAACAUUGCCUCUGUCCUAUCGUUAUUGCACUGAGAGGCAAAACAGUAAAGAUCGCGAUGGAUAUUACAGCGAUAGAAAUGAAAUUGUCAGAGAGAAAAGAGAUCGCGACAUCGAUCGAGAUCGAGGCUAUCUCAGUGAUUAUAAUUCCAGAUGCGCAACUUGUAUUGGAGAAUCAGCUCGCGCCCAAUGGUUUCGACAUUCGGAUGGUUGGCAGUCUGCAAGUUCAACUCUUGGCUCAACUGCUUCCAGUUCAAUGAAUCCUAGUUACACUGUACACAAAAGGGAAUCCCCUUGGGAUUCACUUCCCUCACUUCGACACGAAGGAAGCCUCAACGAUAGUGGCUACAAAUCAAAUCGAACUGAUUCUCUUGAGCAAAGAAGCACUUUUGAUCGACAAGACAGUAUCCGAUCGGAUUAUAUGUCAGAUCGAGAAGGAAGGUAUGGAAUUGUGCAACAAGCUUCUUUAGAAAGCACCGACUCGAGGCUUUGCUACUUGACGUCUUCAGAGAUGUCAGAUGAUGACAGAAUGUCAUUAACGACAGCUGUCAGCGAUGAAGAUGAUGGUGAGAGUGUCAUGAAUUCCCCAUAUCGAGGAAAAACAAUGGGAACAGCCGCUGAUUCUUUCAAUUGCACUGGCGCCGUUCGUAAAGCUGGAUAUUUGAGUGUGAAAAAAUGGCUUUUGAGACGAAAACAACACAUUGAAUUAGCAAGAAGACGAGGUUGGAGAGGUUAUUGGGUUUGUUUAAAGGGCACGACACUUCUUUUCUAUCCAUGUGAAUCCCAUGAAAGUAGAGCCGUUGAAACGGCACCUAAACAUUUAAUUAUUGUCGAUGGUGCCAUUAUGCAACCAAUUCCUGAACAUCCAGAUAGAGAUUAUAUCUUUUGUCUCAGUACAGCAUUUGGCGACGCUUAUCUUUUCCAGGCUCCUUGUCAAGUGGAACUUGAAAACUGGGUGAACAGCAUCCAUUCAGCUUGUGCCGCUGCCUUUGCUCGUCAUCGUGGCAAGACAGGAACUUUGCACUUGCUUCAGGAAGAGAUUUUCCGUUUGGAGAAGUCAAUCGACUCGGACUCAAAAUUAAAGCACAUGGCAGAUUUACAGCAAUCGGUUGUUUCGGAUGUUGAAACGAAGCAACAAAUUAAUAAUCAAAUUGUUCAAUGGGAGGAAAAUUUGGAACGACUUCAUUGUGAACAAUUUCGUUUGCGAUGCUAUAUGGCCAGUUUACAAAGUGGAGAAUUGCCAAAUCCAAAGAGCUUGCUCACUCAUGUUUCAAGGGCGACAAAGCAGACCCUGUACAAACUUGGAGUCUUUACAAUGUCGUCCUUUCAUGCGUUUAUUUGCGCAAGAAGUCCAUCGUUACUCAAUAAUUUAUUAACUGGACGGGGUGCAACAAAACGAAGACCACCAAUUUUAUCGCGAAGCAAUAGCGCAUCAAGUAGAAGAUCUUUGCAAAUUUCACGUGACGAAGAGAAAACUGUCAAAGUCAUUAUACCUGAGAAUCAGACUGUUUCAGUUUAUUUACGUGACGCAAUGACUGUGGAAGAAUUUUUAGCCAGUGCAUGCAGUAGAAAGGGAUUAAAUGCAAUGGAGCAUUUUGUCCGAGUAAAAAAGCGACGCGAUAUGGAGGAUCACAAUUAUUUUGUCCCACACAGAACUGAUCUGAUUGAAACUUAUCUUCACACGCACGAAAUUGUAGAAGUUUGUGCAAAAAUUCUCUAUCAAGUUGAACUUCAGAGGAAUACAUUGGAUCAAAUGUGGGGAUUCUCUGUGGAGGCUGAGCUUAUAGAAAAUUCUGAUCGUCAAGACGAGCUUUGCUGUUACGUCAGUCGUGUCGAGGAUAAAAGUGUCGCUAUGCAUAACGGAAUUAUAAAAGGUGAUGAAAUAAUGGUAAUUAAUGGGGCAAUUGUCAGCGAUUUGGAUAUGAUGUAUUUGGAGAGUGUUUUACAAGAGGAAUUGGCCCUGUGUAUGAUGAUGCGUUCAUCGAGAACGGAACCUCCUGAUCUCACGGGAAUGAUGAGGGUCACUGACGAUAUUGAAAGUCUCGUGUGUCCUCCACCACCCACUGAUCCUCCGGUCAUCAGCGAUGAAAUGAUUUCCGGUCUGAUUGUUCCGGCUCCCGGAUGGAGUAAGGAAAAUAUUGUUCAAGAAUGUACGAGUACAACUCCCGGUGGCACAAGAAAACCAACAUCGAGAACAAAUUCAUUUGAAAUUGAAAAUUUAUUGAAAACAGCGGAACAAGUUACGGGCAUUUGUCGAUCACCAGGUGAAACACGAAAAUCAAGUCCAACCGGAAGUGUCGUUAGUUCACAUUCUCAAGCAAUGACGCCAAGUCGACAAUUGAGUGACGCUGAGAAAUUGAAAAAAGUCAUUCUCGAAUUAGUUGAGACUGAAAGGACAUACGUAAAGAAUUUAAAUAAUUUACUGGAAAACUAUUUGGAGCCAUUGAAGAGGGAAACAUUUUUGUCAAGUGCCGAGAUAAAUGCACUUUUUGGCAAUAUUCAAGAAAUUGUCACAUUCCAAAGGCAAUUUUUACAAAAUCUUGAUCAUGCGAUUGAAAUCGAGGCGGACUUUAACAACUUUGAGCAUCCGAGUCAAUUUAAGGGUGUACUGUUUUCCAUUGGAAGUGCCUUCUUAUUUUAUGUAAAUCACUUCAAGCUUUACAGCUCGUUUUGCGCGAGUCACUCGAAGGCUCAAAAAGUUUUACAUCCCAACGAAGGAAAUCAAGCUCUCCAAGAGUUUCUACAAGCUCGAAAUCCAAGACAACAACAUUCCUCGACUUUAGAAUCGUAUUUAAUUAAACCGAUUCAGAGAAUUUUGAAAUAUCCCCUACUUUUGCAGCAAUUAAGGAAUUUAACGGAUGAACGCAGCGAUGAACACAGACACUUGAUUGAUGCUCUAAAGGGAAUGGAAAAAGUUGCCGAACACAUCAACGAAAUGCAAAGAAUUCACGAAGAAUAUGGAGCAAUUUUCGAUCAUCUCUUUAGACAACAUCAAAAAUCUUGCAAGCAGCCAAUCGACUUGAGUCCAGGAGAUUUACUCUAUUAUGGAGGUGUCGAGUGGUUAAAUAUAUCUGAUUUCCUUGGAAAAAUCAAAAAAGGCCUCGAACUUCAUGCAAUGUGUUUUGUUUUUAAAUCAGCAGUGGUUUUCCUCUGCAAGGAAAGACUGAGGCAAAAGAAAAAGUUAAUGGGUGUUUCGACGAAAGCAAAUGCAAGCGAAGUGGAAAUAAUUCGCUAUCAAGUUUUAAUUCCGGUAACGGAAGUUCAAGUUCGAGCAAGUUCCGCCAAGGACAUGGAGUCACACUUCCUAUGGGAAUUGAUUCAUCUCAGGAGUCAAUUGCAAAGGCGCUCGGAAAAAGUUUACGUUCUGUCUAAUAGUACAACGGAAUUUAGAAACGCGUUUUUAAAGACAAUUCGACAGAUAAUAAGGGAAUCGGUGAGAAAUAUGAGUAUACCAUCAACGAAGCCACACUUGACACAACCGCCAAUGACAAUUGGACCGCGUAUGUCAACUGGUCAUGUGGAGAAAUUUGACAAGAAUCAAAUAACAGGUCAAAAUGGUAGCAUAAUUGCCAUUACGACAGGAACAUUAUCAAAGAAAAAAAUGUUGGCAAAUUCACAUCAUGCCAAACGAAAAUACAGUCAAUCGAGGGCAGUUGAUCGUGAAAGUGUCGAGGACAACAACGCCGAGGAAAAUGCAAAUUCAGCUCAACAACAGACAUUUCGUUCGCGGAGCAAAACAAUCAGCGACACUUCCGGUGAAGUGAAAGUUGAAAUGGACUCGGGGACUAAAUCCGAGGGUGAAGAGGACUCACAGGCUUAUGCGGCUGAGAAAAAGGCAAAUUUGGGACGUACGCCUAAUCAUUUAACUCUGAGUACUACCUCAACUAUUUCUGCUGGAAGUACCGGAAGUCAAGCGCGACUGAUUCAGUCGUCCCAUCAGCCGGAGAAUUAUCAACCGGCAACUGUCAAGGAACUCGGUUCACCAAUUUGGAAGCCACGAGAAUUGCCAUCGCUUGGCGAAGCAAUGACUUUGCCGCGAAAGGGAAAAUCGAGUAGCGAAUUUGCUGACAUGAGUUCGACGCACAGCGCCUCUAGAAAGUCACUCGUAGAAAUCAACAAUUGUGCUCAACAAUCCAACUUUAAUAAUCACGUCUAAGUUAAAUAAUCGAUUUCUUAAAUUACUUAUAUUAUUAAACAAAGCAAAGAAAAAAAAAACCAAUUACUAUAUAAUUAUAUAAUCAAGAGAAACCUCGAUCUGCUCACAUGCAGGGAUUAUCAACGUAAAUCCUAAAAUUUAAAGAAGAAAAAAAAACUGUAAAGAAAUUUAAAAAAAAAAGGAACAGAAAAGUGAAUGUGCGUUGGCUGUUCGAGCUAAAUGAAUUUUUUCUCAUUUCGCCCAUGGAAAACUCGAUUUUGAAAAUUCGAAAAUUCUCUGGUGAGUUUUUUUAACUUUAAAAAUUAUUUUUUUCUCCUAAUACGAAUUUUCUUUGUCUCUUUGCUUUUUAUUUUUCAUUUUUACUAACAUACAAAAAUGGAAAAUAAUUAACAAAAGGGAAAUAGAAAAAUUUGGUCAUUGAAAAGAAUAAUGAAAAUAAGAAAAUUGGAAAAAAAUUGUUUUUCAAAUGGUAAAAAUUUUUGGGGCGCUUGAAAGAUUUUUUUUUUAAAUUCUAAGGGAAAUUUCGCCAACGCGGUUUAAGAAAAAAAUAGAAAACAAAUAAUCGAGCUUUCUUUGCAAUUUUUUACAAAUUAUUAUUAUUAAGUUUCCCUUUUUUUCUCAUCUUCAAAUAAAGAAAAUCUCUUAAAUUCUUCAAAAAUGAAGAGAGAGAGAGAAAGUAAGAGAAAUCUCAAAAAAUGACACAACAUUCAGUGUUUGAGAUUUUUUUUAAACUUGUAAUUUUUAGAAAUUUCUUAAUAUAUUAUUUUUAUUGAACAUUUGCUCUCAAAUUUUUAAAGAUUUCUCACUUUUCUCGAUACAAUCUAGUUUCUCCUUCACGUAUUCAAAAGAGAGAGAGAAAGAGAGAGAGAGAGGUGUAGUUAGGUAGAUAGUUUAAUUAGAACGAGAGAAAUGAUAAGGAAACAAAAAUUAAGAAGAGUAAAACAGAAAUAGGAGAGAGAAUGAGAGAAUGAAUGAAAAAAUGGAAAAAAUGAAAGAGAGAGAGAAAGAAAAAAAAAUUGCUAUCAUAUUCUAUUGAUCUGUUUAAAAAUAAUAAAAUUCGUGUUUCCAUCUACAUAUAAAAAAAUUAAUAUUCUUCAGGAUUUGAACACAUAAUCAUCUUUAAAAAAAAAAAUUGAAAUUUAAAUUCCUUUAGCGCGAAGAGCAACGGAAAAUAAUCAAGUUUGUAUAUAAUGUAAUUGUUAUCCUUUGAGGAAUUUUUGGCAAAAGAUUUUUUUUUUAAGUGAUGAAUAAUUUCAAUUUUUCUAAUUUACAUUUUUACACUUUAAGCUAAACAUAGAAACUAAAAAAAAAUUUAAAUAAUUUUUAUUUUAUUUACUACUUUUUGUAACAAAAUAAGCUCAAAAAAAUUAAAUUUUUUUAUUUAGCGAGUAUAAUUUGCUUUAUUUUCUUUCUAUUUUCUAAAUUUAAUUUUUUAUUUAAAUAUUGUUGAGAUAAAAAUUCGAAAAAAUAAUCUUUUGUCACUCUUUCCUCAUUUUAUUGAAAACUUCAACUUUUCCAUUUUUGACAAAUUAAUCGAAACUGGAAGAUUUGAUAAAGUAAAAAUUAAUAAAAAUCCGUUGAUAAAUUUUUUUUCCACCCAAUUUUUGAAUACUUUUUUUCUAAAUUAUUUUUCGGCAAUAUUUUUUUGGGAUUACAUUUCUAAAAUUUCAAUGUAACCAUUUACAAAAUUAAAAAAUUUUACUAACAUAAUUUUUUUUAACACUCGCAAAAUUUUAAAGUUUAAUUUUAAAAUUUCAAAAAAAGUAAGUGUAAAGAAAAAAAAAUUUACAUUAUAAAAUUGAAAAAUUCGGUGAAAAAAAAAAUUAGAUUCGGUAUUUUAUUAUAUUAUCAUCAUAAUAAUAAUAUAUAUAUAUAAACGUUUUGUGAAUGAAGAGAAGUGAAAAUAAAGUGUUGGAGAAUGUGAAAAAGAGUAGAAUAUAUAUUGUAAUAAGUUAGUUAUUAAAAAAUCAAUUAUUGCGUGUCGUAAAUAAAAUUCGCCGUGGCUUAUGUAAAAAUAAAAUUUAAAAAAAAAGUCCUGCGAAAAAAAAAAUUUUGAUAAUCAAUUUAAAAAAUUAGAAUUUAUCAAUUUCGAGCUUUUUUCGUCAUGCGUCAAAAUAACAAAUUUUUUAUUUUUAAAAUUGCUUCAAAACUAAUUAUA